AUACACACAUCCCCCACUUUCCAUCUUCCCCUCUUCACCAGCUCUCACCUCUCUCUCUCUAGUUUCUCUCUCUAACGGCGGAGCAAUGGGUUUCCCGGUGGGUUACACCGAGCUUUUCCUUCCAAGACUAUUCCUUCACGUGCUCUCUUUAUUGGGUCUGAUCCGAAAAUUAAUCUCAGCCGUUUUCCGGGUCAUAGGUCUACCCGAUUUCCUCGAACCCGAUCCGAUUUCAUGGCCCGAUCCACCUCCACUCUCCCCCUCAUCUGCCGCGUACCCGUCGGAAUCCUGCUUUUUCCCGGCGGCGAUACUGGCCGGAGAGAUCUUGCCGGUUGUCCGGUUCUCGGAGCUGAACCGACCGGGGUCCGGAUCCGAAUGCUGCGCGGUUUGCCUGUACGAGUUCGAAGACGAGGAUGAGAUCCGACGGCUCACAAAUUGCCGACAUAUAUUCCACCGGAGCUGUCUGGACCGUUGGAUGAUGGGUUACAAUCAGAUGACGUGUCCACUGUGCCGUACGCAGUUCAUUCCAGAUGAUCUUCAAGAGGCUUUCAAUCAGAGGCUUUGGUCUGAAUCUGGAGUUUCUGAUCACCUCCUCGGAGUAUCUUCAUAGGGCAUAUAAUUUUUUUUUUGGGUGGUUUAAUUCCCAAAAAAAAUGGGGAUAUAAUUUCUUUUUUUUUUUUCUAGUUGGGUUGGGUAAUGAAUCAUAUGAUUGUGAAUAUAUAAUGGUCACUGGUUUCUAAGAAAAGAAAAAAAAGAUUGUGUGAUGGAUGAAUAUAAAAUGAAAUGAAAAUUUUGAGUUUGGUACAAUUUGUAAAGUUGCUCUCUUUAUUCA